AUGGAUAAAUCUGAAAAACCUUAUGCUAAAUUAAAAGCUUCUCGAAACAAAUCUGAGAAGAAGCGUCGGGACCAGUUCAAUGUUCUUAUCAAAGAGCUCAGCUCCAUGCUCCCUGGCAACAUGCGGAAAAUGGAUAAAACCACCGUGCUGGAAAAGGUCAUUGGAUUUUUGCAGAAACACAAUGAAGUCUCAGCACAAACGGAUAUCUGUGACAUCCAACAGGACUGGAAACCUUCCUUCCUCAGUAAUGAAGAAUUCACUCAGCUGAUGUUGGAGGCAUUAGAUGGCUUCAUCAUCGCGGUGACAACAGAUGGCAGCAUCAUCUAUGUUUCUGACAGUAUCACGCCUCUCCUUGGCCAUUUACCGUCAGAUGUCAUGGAUCAGAAUUUGUUAAAUUUCCUUCCAGAACAAGAACAUUCAGAAGUCUAUAAAAUGCUUUCUUCCCAUAUGCUUGUGACAGAUUCCUCGUCCCCAGAAUACUUAAAAUCUGACAACGAUUUAGAAUUUUAUUGCCAUCUUCUCAGAGGCAGUUUGAACCCAAAGGAAUUUCCAACUUAUGAAUACAUAAAAUUUGUAGGAAAUUUUCGUUCUUACAAUGUGUCCAGCCCCUCCUGUAACGGCUUUGACAGCACCCUUUCAAGGCCUUGCCGGAUGCCCUUAGGAAAAGAGGUCUGCUUCAUUGCCACAGUGCGUCUGGCAACACCACAGUUUUUAAAGGAAAUGUGCAUAGUUGAAGAACCUUUAGAGGAAUUCACUUCAAGGCAUAGCUUGGAAUGGAAAUUUUUAUUUCUGGAUCACAGGGCCCCUCCCAUCAUAGGAUAUCUGCCUUUCGAAGUGCUGGGGACCUCGGGCUAUGACUAUUACCACAUCGAUGACCUGGAACUCCUGGCAAGGUGCCACCAGCAUCUGAUGCAGUUUGGCAAGGGGAAGUCAUGCUGUUACCGGUUUCUGACCAAAGGCCAGCAGUGGAUAUGGCUACAGACUCACUACUACAUCACCUACCAUCAGUGGAACUCCAAGCCCGAGUUCAUCGUGUGCACGCACUCAGUCGUCAGUUAUGCGGAUGUCCGAGUGGAAAGAAGGCAGGACCUGGCUUUAGAAGAUCCUCCCUCUGAAGCCGUCCACCCUUCAACACUCAAGGACAAGGGCUCAAGCUUGGCACCUCAGCAGCACUUUAAUGCACGUGACUUGGGUGCCUCAGGCCUUACGACCAGUCACUCGCCAUCAGCGUCCUCAAGAAGUUCACACAAAUCCUCACACACAGCGAUGUCUGAACCCACCUCCACUCCGACCAAACUGAUGGCAGAAGCCAGCACCACCACACUGCCAAGAUCAACCGCCCUGUCCCAGGAGUUACCCGUGCCAGGGCUCAGCCAGGCAGCCACCAUGCCGUUUUCGGCCCAGUUCAACAUGUUCCAGACCAUCAAAGACCAGCUGGAGCAGCGGACGCGAAUCCUGCAGGCCAACAUCCGGUGGCAGCAGGAGGAGCUGCACAAGAUCCAGGAGCAGCUGUGCAUGGUGCAGGACUCCAACCUCCAGAUGUUUCUGCAGCAGCCAGCGGUCUCCCUGAGCCUCAGCAGCACCUCGCAGCCCGAGGCCCAGCAGCAGCUACAGCAGAGGACCACGGUGGUGUCCCAGCCCCAGCUCGUGUCCAGCCCUCAGUUGGCAGGACAGAUUGUCUCAGCCCAGAUCACAAACCAGCACCUACUGAGAGACUCGAAUGUGACAGCCAGCCAGGGUCCAAAGCAGAUGCGAAGCUCACAGAUCUUGCAGGGAAGUGGCCAUCCCGUGAGCAGCUUGGCGUCCCCGUUCAGCAAUGCUGCCGCAGUGCUCCCGCCAGCCUUGACCCUGACCACGCCUGCCUCCACCGCCCAGGAUGCCAGUCAGUGCCAGCCCAGCCCAGACUUCAGCCAUGAUCGGCAGCUCAGACUGUUGCUGAGCCAACCCAUCCAGCCCAUGAUGCCCGGGUCCUGUGAAGCCAGGCCAUCGUCGGAGAUCAGCAGGCCUGGACGGCAGGUCAAGUAUCAGCAGAGCCAGGCAGUGUUUCAGAAUGCAGACGUGCACAGCUCCAGCAGCAGCGCCUCGACCCCCGUCCUGCUGAUGGGACAAGCGGUGCUUCACCCCAGCUUUUCCGCCUCCCAGCCGUCACCCUUGCAGCCUGCACAGGCCCAGCCGCAGCCACAACACUUCCUGCAGGUACAGACGCCAACCUCUUUGCACAGUGAACAGCAGGACUCGCUGCUUCUACCCACCUACUCACAACCGCCAGGGACCCUGAGCUACCACCCAGCACCCCCGCCACAGCCCCAGCACCCACACCCACCCAGAAGGGUCAGCAGUCUGUCGGAGCCCGGCCUCCAGCAGCCACCACGAUAG